UGCGCUCCUUCGGCACGGUUUAUGCUCGAGAACAACCGAAGGAGAAGGAGAGGCCAGGGCUCGCCGCGUAUACGUCAGAAACGUUGUUCAAAGUGUGAAUUUUUUCAAUUUCUCAAAAGCUUGAAUAUUCGCGAGUAUUUUGUCGAUUAUCUGCGAAAAAGUGAAAUGCGCGAAGUGCUGUUGUCAUCGUAGAUACGAUUCCAGUUGCCGUGAACGAAUACCGCCGUCAAACGCACCAAAACAUCCGUGGCCCUGAUCAGUGCUCCGAGAAAGUGGAAAAAGUGACAGUGAAAACGCAAGAAUCUACGCGAAUGUCGAUGCCUUCGUCGUCCAACUUUGCCUACGACGGCUGCUGAAAAGCGGUCAGUGGUGCUACAGAGAACAAGCAAACGAAAGAAAAUAAUGUCGGAAAUUAAACGUGUGACACUGACGACGAUCAGUGAUGUGGUGAAAAAGAGCCCCUUCGGCGGUGCGUUGGAUCAAAACACGGAUAGUUUCUUUUCCGGAGGUGGUGGUGCCUUCGGUGGAUCGGGAAGCGGAACGGGUGGUGGUUCGGCCGGGAAAAAUGCUGCCAGCAAACCGCGGAAAACCGUCCGGCUGGAGCUGGAGCUGUUCGAGCCGACGACUCAAAGCUUUCCGGAGUUCAACUUCUCCAAACUGAUGCACGAGGAGCAGAAACGUCUACGCAAAGCAGAGAAGAAAACCAUCCCGAAUGGGUUCCUAUCGGAUGCGGACAACGAUGACGAUGUCGCCAGAAUUGCACGAGAGUUGGAGAAAAAGUACGGUUCCGGAACAGCCUACAGCAGUACCGGCAAGUCUGCCCGUUCCUCGCAGCUGGAUGUGUUCGACCGGGGAGCGGGAUACGACGAAGAGGAUUCCUUUAUCGACAACACCGAAGCGUACGACGAAUUGAUUCCGCAAGAGGUGGAAACCGUGGGCGGAGGGUUCUACAUCAACUCGGGUCAGUUGGAGUUCAAGACGUUGUCGAACUUUGAACGGCCGGAGGAUGCGGAACGGAUGCCAAAGCCAAAGAAGCGACUUCUCUCGACGUCGAGUGAAAGCGACAGUGAAGACGAGACCGUGAAGAGGAAAAAGAAGAAAGAAAAAGUGGGAAGUGCAGCCACAAGUGGUGCCGAAAGCGGAAAGAGUGGCAAGACUGAUAGGAAACGAUUGAACGGGCACGUGGGAAAGAAGCCAAAAAUGGGUAGCGAGAAGACUGAGGGAAAAUUAGUUUUGAAGAAAGACAAAGAGGACAAGGAAUCGAAGGAAAGUGGCAAAGAAGUCAAGGUAGUUAAGACAAUUACGGUGAAGGACAUGUUGAGAGCGAAGCGGGAUAGUAUGAGAAAAAUGGAACAGGAGAAAAAGGGUAGGAGUAGCGCUACAAUGUCCAGCUCCGAAGCGGAAGAAGAUGAUGAUGGCGAUGCUGAUGAGGACGAAGAUGACGGAAGUGAUGAGAGCGAUAGUGAUUCGAGUGACAGUGAUUCGGACGAGUCAGAGAGUGAUAGUGCUUCUGGUAGUGAACAGGAACAGGCACCGAAAAUUAACGGCGACGAGGCACCUAAGAAGCAGAACAGUGUCCGGCUGCCGGAUAAUCUUCCAGACCAUUUGCUACAAGAUUUGAACGAUUUGAAGGAACAUGCGGACAAAUCAACUGGAAGGUUCAACUUCUUCGAAAGCACGGUGGCGGACCUGCUGCUGCAAAUCGACGUUAGUUCAAGAAUGUGCGGUGGAAGUGCAAGGAAUACAAUUUAUAAGCACUUGGAGGAACACUUGCGCGUUAGUCGACAAACGUUAAUGAUUAAAAUUAAGAAAAUUCGGAUUAGAAAGGAGGAUAAUAAGGUUAAGAAAGCACUGGAUAAACUUGAAGAUGCGGUAUCAGGCAUUAUGCCCAAGGUUAUAACGAACUACGAAACGGAAAAGCAGAAGGCUAUUGAGCUUCGCAAUUCACUGCCACCGGGUGAAAAUGGACAGAAACCGGAAGUUAAACUUCCCAAAAAGAAGUUUCCUUGGAAUGACCAGCUACGUGGAAUGCUGUUCGACAUAGCAAAUAUCAGGAAACAGUCUUUGCUCAUACUCCGACCCAGGAAAGUAUCAGAGACAGAGUUCAUCCAAAGUUACCUGCAGAAAAAUGUCGUACCUUUAUGGCCCACUGGAUGGAUGAAGAUCGAAGAUCUUCAAAAAGAGCUGGAUCGACGGAAAAAGAACGACAGCAAAUCUGGUAGCAAGGAGAUUAAAAAGAGUGUUCAUUUGUCUACCGCAACAUCAAAUCUUCCAACACCAACUCUAGCCAUUGACCCCGAAGGUAAAACGGAACCAGUAUUAUCCCCAGCAGUCAAAUCUUCCGGGUCCAAGUUUGAAGAGAAAAAAUCAGUUCGUCCUCCACAAUCAUCGCCCGUCGCUGCGUCAGCAACAGCAGCAUCUAGUCCAGCACAACCUCCUCCCAGCACUUCUCCAGCUGCCACUAAGAGAACUUCAGAUCACAGCAUAAUCAACAUCAUUAGCUCGCCGCCGAGCAAAACUAGUUCCUCACAACAUUCCAGUCAGUAUCCAUCUAAUUCAUCGCCACAACCACCACGACCUCAAUCUCAACCGCCUCGUCAGUCGUCGAAUUUCGACGAAGACCUCAUUCAGACCCACGUCAUCAAUUUGGAACCGGCGCACAGUUCCUCAAAAACAUCUCCACUUCCGAUGGAUUUCCGAAUCAACUCCCCGGCUCUGUCGUCGGCUUCGUCGGCCUCAUCCUCCCGCCGAACUUCAUCCUAUCAGGAGCAACCUCCGAUGGCACACCUGAGCUCAACUCCCGGAAUGAAUACGAACACAAACCGUGUGUACCGGAAGAGCUUGGAUGAUGACAGCGACAGCAGUAUUGAAAUCGUUGGGGAGUACAACAUGGGUGAAAAGAAAAUCGAUCACGUUUUGAACCUUGCCCUCCCUUCAAUAAACAAGGACAAGUACAAAAAGUCGAGUAAUGCCGGAAAAGCUGUCCUGAGCCGAUCGGCCAGCGAAAGCGGAUCAAGCACCUCUGGGAUCAAAGGAUCGUCAGGAAAUAUGGUCAACACCUACAACAAUAACAACUACGAUAAGCCAAACAAAUAUAGUGCGAAAACAUCGACCACUUCCGUUUCUUCGGCGCCGACAUCGACCAUUAAAUCGAAAGCAGCGGAAAGUUUUGCAAUUCCAAGCUCUGUGGCCAGUUUAAUUAAUGAUUUUAACUCUAAUGCCCAAGGAGUGUCCUCGCGGAUUACUUCCUCUCCUGGCGAGCUGGAUGUACUCCGGAUAAUGAAAGAGCUACACGCCAUGCAAUCCAGUUCAUCGCAAAGUAGCCGCAAUAGCAGCAGCAAUAGUCCAAAACCGUCACAUUCAUUCGGAGUCGUCAAGCCAAAGCAAGACGGAACGAUUGUUAGUGGGUCACCUGGGCAUCAUCAAUCGCCGAAGACGCCAACGCCGGCUGCUCUCCAGCAGCAAAAACAACAGCAAGCUCAUCACAUUCAAAUCCCACAACUGGCGCAGUUUCUGCCUCGGUCGUAGAAGUAGCCAGGUCAAGGAUGCAACCACAUUCGUGACCAGCACCAGCAACACUGCCGUGCCACCAAAUGUGACAUUCAACAGAAAACCGACACCCGCACCACCAUUUACUACAUGCAAUCGGUUCCUCUACCAAAGUGAUCGAACUCGACAGCUUCGAUGAUGAUUUCCUGUUUGCCAACUACUCCUACGAUAGUAAUAAAAGGCGUUCCUAUAAGUGAUUGGACCCAUCUGAAUAUUCAUCACUAAAAAGACUGCCCCCAGCAUGGCUGCCAUCGUGAUUUAGUUAAUGAUCUUUAAAUUGAUAUUGUUUCGUUAGAACCGUUUCUAUUUUUGUUGCUGUUUGCAUAAUUGCUCAAGUCUAUGAAGUGAGAAAAUCAAACACCGGUUGGCUUGAACGGCGUCAGAAACCACAGUCCGAAAGUGCUGCUGAACCCGAUUGCGGUGAUUAAAAAGGGUAACGAAACCUAAUUCGCCCCUACAAGGGGCCGCUUGACCAUGUUUGGUCAUCGUCGAAUCGUUGUUAUUUUGUAUAAUUUUGCUGUUUUUUUUAAUCAUGUAUAGUCUCGAGUAGCUUUAGUUUUAUCCACGCGUAUAAGAGUGGGAGGAGGAGAGGAGGCAGCAGGUCCAAACUCGGAUCGAAUCUAGAGACCCAGCAACAGGUGUGAAGAGAGUGUAGUCUGUUUUUAGGAUUGUAAAAUAAUGGAUAUUUGAAACAAUAUGAGAUAUUGAAAAGUUUGUUUUAACAGUACAGUAGACGAUCGAUAGUUACAACAACUUUGAACUACUCGAAGCGUUUAACGUCAUAACAAUGCCAAACUCAGUGUCAGCACAACCGGAUGCACUAUAAAUAAUAGCAUUUGAUGCCAUCUGUCAAUCGUUUGUCAUAUACAAUGCGUUGCAAUUUGCUAACUAAAAAUGGAGUAUGUUGCAAUUAUCGAAAAGCUACUGUACAUACAUAAAGACUGUCCAUGUUGAAUUUGUAUCACUAAAGUUAUAUCUCAUUGAAUCAGAAAAUUCAUCAAAUUGAACAAGAAUGUGUACUACAAAAACAAGUUGAAAGUUUUAUCUAAAAAUACCACCCUGAAAUAAAUGUGGACCAAUAUUUAACAUGGACAGGAUUUAUUGCGCUAGAGAUAAAAGCAGCGUGGCAUCUUCUAUAUUUAAAUAAUAAAAUGUAUUUAAAUAAUGUUGGUUCGUUCAUUUAGUUUUCACUUCGGUUUCUUCACAAAGACUUCUGCGCAACGGUGAAAAGUAUGCCGAGCUGCUACGGAACUGUAAUUUAGAAAGUAUGAAAAAUUUAAUAAAGAUAACGAUUAAAAAGAUAAAAAUAAAUGAAAACAUAAUUUGUA